GCCGACAUCCAAACUUUCUGCAGUCCGUCACACGUGUUGUUUCCUAUACUAUGAUGUUAGGAUAAACGUGACAGCUUUUCCGCUCCGACGCCGUUUUCCUCCGCCUUUUUGUCCUAAUCGACAGUCCGUCUCGGCAUACAUUCACCGCUAUGCUUUUAAACCGUCAGAGAUGUGGCCUUCGGGCCCAGCGCAGCAGCACACGGCUCCAUCAGCAGCCGCUAGCGACAGCCGCUGUCACACCGUGCGGAAGCAUUUAUCCUAGCUGCUCGCAAGCGCUCCCAAAGCUUUCUCUUGCAAACUGCGUUGGCGUAAACCGGCGCAGCUGCGUAACAGCGCGUGCAGCUCCAGCAAAUGGCAGGAUUGACGUCGUCGGCCUUGGUAACCUUUGCGUUGACGCCGUACUACCCCUGGAGGAGCUGCCGCCUCCCGACUUGGAAGUACGGCGGGAAUUGCUGGACCGCUUAACCGCCUCUCCUCCCGACCCAUCCUCCUGGGAGGUUGGCGGCAACUGCAACUUCAUGGUUGCGGCUGCGCGGCUGGGGCUGCGAGUGGCGAGUGUGGGGCACAUCGGGGGAGAUGUGUACGGCAGGUUCAUGGACCAGAUCUUGCGGGAGGAGGGCAUUCAGGAGACUACCCGCAUCGCACCCACCUCCUCCUCCUCCUGUUCCGCACCCCAACAACAACAACAGCCAUGCAACAACCACCAAACCCCAGCUGCUGCUGCUGAACCUAAGCGCUGCUGCUGCAGCAGCAAUGCAACAACCACAACCACCGCUUCAACCAGCACCUGUAACGGCACCCAAAGCAGCAGCAAUGGCAGCGGCCACACUAGCAGCAGCCAUGCAACCCCGCAAGCUCCACCACCACCAGCAGCAGUGGUGGUGGGCGGGGGCGGUCUGGACUCCACCCUCAUUUGUUUCGUGCUGGUGGACCACGCGUCACGACACGCCUUCUGCAGCCGCUACGACUUCGGUCCCUGGCCGCUGCUGGAGGGCAUACAGGGGCUGCCGGAGCAGGCGGCGCAGGUCCUCCGCUCCUCCCGCGCCAUCUUCACCAACGGCUUCAUCUUCGACGAGCUGCCGCUGGAGGUGGUGCGGGCGGCCUGCGAGGACGCAAUACGGCAGGGGGCGGCCAUCUUCUUCGACCCAGGCCCCCGCUGCCAGACCAUGCUGGAGGGCCCCCGGCGGGCGGCGCUGGACCUGCUGCUGGACCUGAGUGCCGUGGUGCUCAUGACGGAGGAGGAGGCUCGUGUGGUGACGGGCUAUGAGGACCCCGAGGCGGCUGCACGCUGGGUGCUGGCGCGGCCUGGCGCGAGGGCAGCCUGGGCGGUGGUCAAGAUGGGGGCGCAGGGGGCGCUGCUGUGUGCCCGGCGGACAGGGGCGGCAGCGGCAGGGAGCAGCGGGCAUGGGAGUGGGAAUGGCAAGGGAGACGGUGUCACCACGACACGUGUGGGUGCUGUGAAGGUUGAUGUGGUUGACACCGUUGGUUGCG